AGUCAUGUUCUUAAUUAAGGUCUUGUGCACCUUCUCGCAGUUAGUAGUCACAGACAAAAAAAGAAAACAGAGAAACCUGCUUCCAAACUUCAUUGUAUUGAUUAUUUGUUCUAUAUAUUUUCCAAUGGGUAUCAAGUUGAAUAGACCGAUCAUUGUUCAGAUUCUUUUUCUAGUUUUUAUAGUUCUAUCCUUGUUUAGGAUUACAACUUCAGAUAAUUUACGACCAGCAAAUUUUGUCUUCGGAGACUCUCUUGUCGACGUGGGGAACAACAAUUACAUUGCUUCUCUCUCAAGGGCUAAUUACGUUCCCUUUGGAAUUGAUUUCGGAAGACCAACAGGAAGGUUCACAAAUGGAAGAACCAUUGUUGACAUCAUUGGUCAAGAAAUGGGUAUUGAUUUUACCCCACCUUACCUAGCACCAACUACAGCUGGACCAGUGAUUUUGAAUGGUGUUAAUUAUGCUUCUGGUGCUGGUGGAAUUCUCAACCUCACUGGAAAACUCUUUGGUGAUAGAAUCAACUUUGAUGCACAGUUAGAUAAUUUUGCUAAUACCAGGCAAGACAUCAUCUCCUACAUUGGUCUUCCUGCGACUCUUAAUCUAUUCAGAAGGUCAAUAUUUUCAGUAACAAUGGGUUCCAACGAUUUCAUUAAUAACUAUCUAGCACCAGCAGUCAUAAUUCUCGAGCAGGAAUUGGCAUCUCCAGAACUCUUUGUGACAACCUUAGUGUCAAGGUUCAGAGAACAACUCAUUAGGCUAUUCAAUAUGGGUGCUAGGAAAAUUACUGUGACAAAUGUGGGGCCUAUUGGGUGUAUACCAAGUCAGAGGGAUACGAACCCAGCUGCGGGUGAUGACUGUGUUACUUUCCCAAAUCAACUAGCACAGUUGUUUAAUUUCCGGUUGAAAGGCCUCAUUCAAGAACUCAAUUCAAAUCUGAAGGGUUCAAUGUUUGUUUAUGCAGAUGUCUACCACAUUUUAGAAGAUUUGCUCAACAAUUACGCAGCAUAUGGUUUUGAAGACCCAUCUUCGGGAUGUUGUCGGGUUCUUCUUGGUGGGCGUUUUGGAGGUUUGAUUCCCUGUGGUCCUACUUCGACAGUUUGUUCAGACAGAUCCAAAUAUGUGUUUUGGGACCCUUGGCAUCCUACUGAUGCUGCAAAUGUUAUCAUCGCUAAGCGCCUCUUAGAUGGUGAUCAUAAUGAUAUUUUUCCAGUGAAUGUUCGGAAACUCAUUCAAUAUUAGAUUCGAUUCUUGUGCUCACAUGAAUGUUUGAGGGAUGUUUUGGAGAUAUGAGAUAUCCUACAUUGUGUAUUCAACAUAGGAAUUAUGUUUAUUGGUUAAUAGAUUCUUUGGAUUAGUUAGAAGUCUUUUU